AUGAACCCUGACUUGCAAGGGCUCAAGGCGUCGGAGCCACACAGCGGCUGGCGGCAGGAGGAUGGCCCUGCGGUCCACCACACACCCUCCAGCCUCCGCAAGUGCUCCAGCGGCCAGCGGAAACGGCGGGCCACAGGGGAUGCUGGAGCGGGCGAGGGAGGGAAGAUUGUCGAGCGGAGGAGAUCGGGUUCAGGCAACGGGAGAGAGGGGGGCGGAGGGAGAACGCAUGAGGGCGAGGGCGAGGGCAGGGGUGGGGGAAGGGGGCGGGGCAAGGCGCAGAAGACAUGGGUGGACGAGUUUGAGCUGGAGGAUAUCCCAGUGGUGCGCAAGGUAACCCGCAUGCUGGAUGGCGGCGCUGCUGCGCGGCACGUGCUGGAUGGCGUGGUGGACCGCUGCGCGCAGAUGCUCAACAUCCGUGAAGCCAUCCUCAGCUACCGCCGCGCCUUCAACAUGCAGGACGCGGAUGCGCGCACGAGGCAGAGUGCUCUGAGCCGCGGUGCGGAGUUCCUGGAGCGCUACGUCAUGCUCAUCGCCUUCGCCUCCUACCUCUCCUCGCCUCUCUUCCGCCCCGCCGCCCCCUCCCUCUGGCCGCGCUCCUCCUCCUCCUCCUCUUCCUCUCUGCCCUCCAUCCCCCCCUCCUCCUCACACACCGCCCUGCCCCGCCUCUGCCCCUCGCUGCCUGCUGCCACCAGCUCCUCUCUCACCGCUGCCACUGGUGAGGCUGCACGCUCAGAUGCAGGGGAGGAUGGUGCAGAGAAAGAGAGAGCAGAAGAGCAAGGUGGGGGGCGGAGUGAGCCAAAGCAGGCCAAGGUUAAUGGAGAAGGAGAGGGGGAAGUGGAGGCGGUGAGCUUCAAGGCGUGGCUGAAGCGGCGGCCGGAGAUCCGGCAGAUGAAGUGGGGCCUGCGCUUGCGCCCUGCCCGCCUCUUCACCAUUCCGGAGGUGGGCGUGCGGCUGCGAGACAGCGAUGCGAGCGCCAGCGGGGCAGCGGGGGCGGGGGAGGAGAGGGAGGCGGAGGAUGCAGUGUUGCGGGCGCGGCGAGGGGCAGUGCUGGGGCGCGGGUCCAUCCUGAAGCUCUCUCUCUUCCCCGGGCUGCAGCCGUCCGCGCUCAACUACUCCAUCCAGAUCCCCCACGUCCCCAACUACUUCGAGGCCCCAGGGUAUCCAGUGCACAGCAUGGCAACACCCACGGUUCAGGGCGCACAGGCCGUGCUCGCCCACCUGGGCGCCGUGCCACAGCCCAAGCCACCACCCUCCACAACACCAGCCGACGGCACCGCUGGUGGCGAGGGCGAGACUGGGAGGGGGAGCGGGGAGCGGGAUGCAAAUGGGGAGGGGGAAGGGGGAGGGGAGGCGGAUGAGAAGGCGGAAAAGAGGGAAGGGGCGGAGGUGGAUGGAAAGGGGGGGCCGAGGGGGGAAGCGGAGGUGGUGAUAGUGGACCUGCGCGAGGAGGCGGUGGUGUACGUGCAUGGCAAGCCCUUUGUGCUGCGCGACGGUGACCAGCCCGCUGCUGCCCUCAAGCACGUGGGCAUCGCCGGUGGUGCUGUGGUGGCCAUGGAGGAGCGGCUCAAGGCAGACAUCCUGCAGGAGGCUGCUCGGUGCGGUGGCAUGGUGCUGCUGCACAAAGAGAGGCCCAGAGAGGGGCACGUGCUGCAGGGCGGGAGCAAGGGUGUGGACGCGGGUGGCAGUGAGAAUGCGGUUGAUGGAACUGCUUCUGCUGCUGGGGGAAGUGGCGGUGUGGAGAGUGGCUCUGCUCCUGCCGUUGCUGCUGGUGUCACGGUCAGUGGUGCCACUGCUGCAGAUGGCGCUGCAGAUGGCGCUGUUGCUGCUUUGCCUUCUGCUGCUGCAGAUGACAGCACUGGUGCACAGCACACGGCAGGCAGCACAGCUGCUGACCCGCCUGCAUCAGGUGCCGCUGUGCCGGUGGGCCCCACGGAGAUCAUCGGCGUGUGGCGUGCGGUGGGGCCGGAUGACGUGAAGACGCCAGCACAGGUGUACGGCGAGCUGAGGGAGCAGCAAGGGUACCUCGUGGACUACCGGCGCAUCCCCCUCACGCGGGAGAGAGUCCCCGUGGCCUCCGAUGUCGAUGCGCUGCAGCUCUACAUUCAACGCCGAGGCCCCAACGUGAAGUUCCUGUUUGUGUCGCACACGGGCUACGGCGCGAUUGCAUACGCCAUGGCCCUCACGUGCCUGCACCUGCAGGCCACCACUCUCCCCUCGCCUGCUCCCCACGCCCCCUCUGCCGCCCCCUCAUCACCCACCGCUGCUGCCACAUCACCCACCACCCUCGCCAAGCCUGCUGCUGCUUCAUCCAUUCCGGUCCCCAAGGCUGGCGGCGGUGGGGGGGGGAAGGGGGAGUAUCGAAACGUGCUGCAGCUGGAGCGGGUGCUGGUGAAGGGGCCGCACUGCAAGCGACUUGUGGAUGCCGUCGCUCACAGGCUGCUGGCGGUGGGGCGGAUAGUGGAGGACGCGGGGGAGUACAGGAGGGCGGUGGAGGCGGUGCAGGGGGACAACACGGUGGAUCGCGACAGGCGGGCGGCACUCACUGACAUGGGCCUCAAGGCGCUCAGGCGCUACUGUUACCUCAUAGUCUACCGUUCCUACCUCUUCUCCAGGGCAUCUGCCAGCGGUGCUGUCAGCAGCAAGGACAAGGCAGUGGUGGAGGCAGGGGGGGGCAAGGGAGGAGCAGGGGGCAGUGGGGAGUCGUUUGGCGCGUGGGUGGCGCAGCGGCCGGAAAUAGAGCACAUGCUACAGCACCUGGUGCUGGAGUGA